AUGGGGGACAAGACCACCGCAUAUGUGUAUCGUGCCAAGCUUCCUGCAUCGCAGCCCGUGGCUCAAGCCCCUGCCCAGCAGCGUGCAAACGACGCCAACCGUGCGCUCAAGCAGCUGGACACGAAACUGCAGAAGUUGGUGGAUCAGUAUGAGAAGACACAGGAAGCUUUCGAAUCUCAAGCAACCCAAAUCAAAGAAGUUUUGCGUCAAGUUGCCCAGCAUGAGGAAGAUUAUCGUGUGGCCAUCGAGGAUAUUCACUCUCAAGUACACCCAGCUGCAUCUGAACCGAACCAGAAUAAGAUCAGCUUGGAAGCCCUCAUGGAAGGGCAGGUGCAGCUCCACUUGGACCCGACUGAGAUGUUUGGGCUCACGGAGUUUGUGGAUCUCUCGGCCGAGGACAAGGAGGAGGCGGCCCGUCGGGUCAAGAUGCUACAAGAUUCUCUCCAGGAGGCUACAGCUACGAUCCUCUCCACCAGCUGGCCUGGGCCCAGGGCUGGUGGCACGAGCGACCCAGAGUACAUCGCCGUCAAGCUUGACUACCAGGUCAGGAUCGCAGAGGAGGCGCUGAGCUUGCUGGACACCGUCUACGACGAGUGGAACGACCUGGCCUGGAGUGAAGUCUGCCGUGCGGCGGACAUGCCAAUUGUCUCUGGCCUGCCCGCCGGCUCGGACUUCCAGUGGAAGUGCGCGGCCACCGCCGCCGCUCGCUGGGCGGCGCACCUGGGCUUCGGCUGGCUGCGGGUAGCUCCGCGCCGAGCCGUGGCCCGGCACGGUCGAAGGCUGCGGGUGGACCCGCGCCUUCCCGUGAGCAGGCCGGGCACCGCGGCCCGGAAGAACCUCCGGCAGCUCCGGCAGGAUAACGCGCAGCUGGCAGACACGGUGAGGGUGCAGCAGCAGACGCUGGAGGUCGUGGAGAGACUCAUUCGUGCUCUUGACGAGCAGACGCGCACCUUCGCUGCCAGGAGCCGGCCGAGCCUGGUUGACAGCAAGGGCGUCGGCAGACCAGCUGCUUUCAACAACGACGAAGCUCGAUUCCCAGAGUGGGCCAAGAAGACAGAUGACUAUCUUCUUGGAGUCGAGCCGGCCUUGGAACAGGCCCUUGAGUGGGCGCUCGACCAGGGCGAGGAGAUCGCAGCACAGCGGGUGCUGGAAUCUUUCGGACCAGGGAGCGAUCAUGUCAUAGACGGCGUCGUUGGACUCAACUUGCAGGUGAAGACGGUCUUGAGCAACCUCACAGAAGGUGAAGGUUGGACCAUCGUGCAGAACGCUGACAAGAACGGCCUAGAGGCGUGGGGGCGCCUGCACAGACGCUUCGACUCCCUGACCGGGGGUCGGCGCAGGAGCCUCUUACGAGCCAUCCUGGCGCCGACCAGAGUCAAGAUGGACGAGCUCGGCUCGGCCUUGCAGACCUGGGGGGAGAUGGUGAGCCGUUACAACAAGAAGUCGUUGAAGCUUGGCGAACCGGCCAUUGCUGACGACUUCCUGUGCUCAGCGUUGGAAGCCCUAGUGCCAGACGAUUUGGAGAAGCACCUGCAACUGAACGCAUCACGCCUCAAGAAGUACAGCGACAUGAGGCAAGAGGUGAUGACGUACUACGAAACACGCACGGGCAAGCUGGUCAAGGUGACGCUGAGGGACCGCAUGCCGCAGCACGGACAGCAGAAGUUCGAGGGCUACUGCGACAACUGCGGCAAGUACGGCCACAAGAAGAAGGGCUGCUGGGCGCCCCCGCAGACAGACGGGGGGUACGUGAUCCCCAAGGAUGGCCGCAUCGGGAAGAUGCUGCAGAAGGAGCUCGGUCGCCUGGUGAGGCGUUUCGGCGACGACUCGCUCCUGCCAGUGUACCGAGAGAGGGGCGUCUACAACUUCUACAUGAAGGAGGACCCGGAAACAGCUGAUCCUGUUGUGUGCUCUGACUACGGCUACCUGGCCGACGACGGCAGUGAGGACACAGCGUUGCCGAUGCUGGUGAUAAGGGAUCGCCGUGCCAAGGGGUAUGCGGCGACGGCAGUGCCCCAGAAGGGAGUGCACCCGUGCCCUGUGAAGUUCUUCGCGGGCUACUUGAAGGAGCUCGGUUGGAAGAUCGGCGAACAGCGCCGAGCCCGACAGGAGGACCCGGAAACAGCUGAUCCUGUUGUGUGCUCUGACUACGGUUACCUGGCCGACGACGGCAGUGAGGACACAGCGUUGCCGAUGCUGGUGAUAAGGGGGCGCCGUGCCAAGGGGUAUGCGGCGACGGCAGUGCCCCAGAAGGUAGUGCACCCGUGCCCUGUGAAGUUCUUCGCGGGCUACUUGAAGGAGCUCGGUUGGAAGAGGUACGUGAGCCGGUCAGACGGCGAACGCAGCCUUGUAGCCUUGAAGCAGGCUGUGGCUGACCAGAUGCAGGCAGUAGAGACUGUCAUGCAGGAGUCUCCUGUAGGAGACCACGCAGCGAACGGUGAGGCUGAGAACGCGGUCAAGGAGGUGAAACGCAUUGUGCGUGCGCAGAAGGAGACGCUCAAGGAGAGGUGCAGCGGAAGCGGGUGGCUCCGCUCCGGCUGCGUCGUCAGUGUCUGGAGGCCCGGCUCCAGCGACAGGGGCCAGUGCUGCGUCUGCGGAGGUGCCAGGCGCCGCGGCUGCGGGGGGCUCCGCGCCGGCGGCGACAGGAGCAUCGUUUCCGCGUGUCGCCGGAACGAGGUUGACCUCUCGGCGGAGGAGCUGGAGGAUAUCACCCAUCUAGGCUUGCAGCUGGGAGCCGUGGAUGUCCGUGAAGAGUGCCCGCCUCCGUGCCAUGUUGCGCUUUCGUGCCACUUGGGCUUGAGACCUGGGGUGAGCGCAGACAUGCAGGCAGAGAGACCGAAUGGGGGGCACUGGGACUUCAGGAAGGAGGAGGACAGGAAGGAGUGGUACGACACGCUGGAGCGCGAGGAUCCGUACAUCCUCAUCGGAUCACCUCCUUCCACGGCGCUCGCAGAGCUGCAGGGUGCAUCCCGGCUCAGGCGGGACCCGGAGAAGGCCCUUCAAGAGCAAGAUCUUGCAAAACGUCAUCUUGAGGUGGCUUGUGGGAGCUACCGGAGGCAGGUGGCUCGGGGCAGGUACUUCGUGCGCGAGCACCCCCGCGAAGACAGCAGCUGGGACUCGACUGUCGUCCAGGAGCUGCUGGGGCAGAACGCCGUGGAAAGGGCUAGAGGAGCUAUGUGCAAGUGGGGCGCGAAGCCUGGUGCACAAGAUCAGCCCCCUUCCGGCGUGCCAGGGUUUAUCCGGGGGCGAACCGGAUUCAUGGCCAACUUGCCAGAGCUUGCGCUGGAGCUCAAGAAGGGGUGCCCCGGCGACGCGGGGCCAGAGCAGCACCAACAUGUGAUGCUGACAGGUGGUGUAGCUCGCAAGGCACAGGCGCAUCCUCCGAUGCUGGCGCGGUGCGUCCUACGAGCAGUAAAAGAAUCCAUGAAGAAGGAUGGAUCCCUCUCUGGCCUGGCGGCGGCUACGGCCGGUCCACUGCCUACAGAGCCCGACGCCUACGAGCAGGGCAGAUCGUUGUUGGAGGAGAGCGAGAGGUACUGGGACGACGUCGACGGAGGUUGGCUAGACCCCGCCAUGGCGAGGAAGGCUAGGGGGGAGGAGGUAGGAUGGCUCCGCCGACAGGAGGUGUACGAGAAGAGGACUCUUAAGGAGUGCCUGGAGGUGACAGGUGCGAAGCCAAUCCGUUUGAUGUGGCUCGACACCAACAAGGGCGACAACGAGCGACCGAACUACCGGUCUCGUAUCGUCGUGCGCGAGAAGCGAGGUCAGGGAGAAGAAGGGCGCAAGUUGCCUGCAGCGUUGUUGUUUUCAGCAAUGCCGCCUCUGGAAGCAGUAAAGAUGCUAGGAGGCCUGAUGGUGCAGAACAGGAGCAGCGAACGGGGUAAGCCUCUAGGGAUGAGAUUCUUGGACAUCUCACGUGCCCAUUUCUACGGCCUGGCCGAGAGGACGGUGUACGUGGAGCUGCCAGAGGAGGAGCAGGACGGCGUUCACUGUGCACUCCUGAAGAAGAGCAUGUACGGCACCCAGGACGCGUCUGCCAUCUGGCAGCGAGACUACACAGCAGUGCUCAAGCAGGACGGGCACGAGGCAGGGAAGGCGAACCCGGCCCUGUUCUACAAGAAGGUCGACGACUGUCGGUCUUUAGUGCACGGAGACGACUUCUGCGCCAUGGGCGACGACGACGCCCUGGACCAGAUCGAGCACACUUUGCGGAAGAAAUGCGACUUGAAGGUGACAGGUCGUUUCGCGCUCGGUUCUGGAGGGGAGCAGGAGGUUGUUUUCUUAAACAGGAUUUUACGUGUCACAGGAAGCCCAGGGGGGGAGCGUUUCGAGGUCGAAGCAGAUCCGCGGCACGCAGAGAUGAUAGUUCGCGACAUGGGCCUCGAAAAGGAAUCCGCUAAGACACUGGAUGUUCCUGGGCUGAAGAAGGAGGAGGCCGAAGCGGAGGAGCGGUUAGCCUCGCCCCCGCUUGUCGGCGACGACAUCCGGUUGUACCGCAGUGUGACCAUGCGAGCAUCAUACUUAGCACCAGAUCGGGCUGACAUUGGAGAUGCAGUAAAGAAUCUGGCUAAGCACAUGCAGAGCCCGAAGCAGGUCGACAUGGCCAGGCUCAAGAGGCUGGCAAGAUACCUGAAAGGAAGACCCCGGGUGGUGCAGGUUCUCCGCAGGAACAAGCACAUCGACAGGGGUAGUCCUUUGCCCAUCUUGGUCAUGGUGGACAGCGACAACGCUGGCGACAAGAUCAGCCGACGGUCUACUGUCGGGCAGGUCGUUUUCGUCGGCGGCCAGGUGGUGAAGCACGCUUGCAACCUGUUGCAGGUGGUAGGACUUUCCUCCGGAGAGAACGAGUACUACGCCAUCAGCGCCGGCGCCUGCGCCGGAUUAGGCAUCCAAGGCUUGUUGGAGGACUGGCAGGUCCCAUCUAAAGUCAAGGUGGUGUCGGACUCUUCCGCGGCGCGCGGCUUUGCUUCGCGCCGGGGCGUUGGGGAGCUCAAGCAUGUUCAGACCCGCUACUUGUGGGUGCAGGAGAGGAUCGUCAUGCAGCACCUGGAGUUGGGCAAGAUCGGUGCGGCCGAGAACCGGAGCGACCUAUUGACUAAGCCAUUGGGUCGUAAGGAGAUCGACGUCCACAUGAAGGGUAUCAACCAGGAGUGCAGGAGCGGCAGACCG